AUGGCGCAUGUUGGCGAGUUGUUUUCACAAAAGCUUCUAUUAUAUUUCGAUUUCUAGACUUUUCUUCAUAUAUUUUCUUAUAUCUGAAAACAGAGAUGUUGAAUAAUGAUCCAAAUUAUCGAGGAGAGCCAGCUGUCACACGAUCAUGGGUAGAUGCUGCGAAAUUAGUGCUGGCAAAGCAUUCAAACACACCAAUGAGCUACAAAGACAUUCUGAAGGAAAUACAGUGUGACAAAAUCAAGGAAGUAAAUUCCACACAUGGUGCUAGUCUGAAUUCCUGUCUACAUGCAAAUGCAAAAGCCCCAAACAAUGCGUUCUACAAAGUUGCUGGCCAGAUUGGUGUCUAUGGACUCAUGAGUGAGUUGCCGGUUGGAAGUCAAAUUAUCGAAAUCGAGGAGGAGACGACUGUUCCCUCCAUCGGGGGUGUGGCUCGGGUGAUAGUAGGGGACCAGCCUGUCUACAAACAGAAAGUGAUAUAUGCAAAGCUGCCUGAGAGUGUCAAAGUGCUUGCACAAAGUAAUGGUGACCCAGGACAAAACAUUGAUGUCAUUGAUAUCCUCAACAAACAGUUGACCAGUGUGAUCAAGCCGGUCAGUUCAGAACAGAUCCGGUUGGCACAGAGACAUACAGAUUUUCCAACCCGGCGAAGCUUGCGACAGGCCCAGAGGAAGAAAAGGAAACAUGGCUUCAUACCAAAGAUCACGAUCAAGCCUAUUGUUCCCCCUAAAUCAGAGGGCCCAGGUGGCACAGUUAAGUAUGUGGCCACCACCUGUAAGCCGGAUGACAAGGUCAACAAUCACCACACCACCACUGACCCCAAUGUGACGACAGUGAGUCGAGAGGGGAUCAAUAGAUCGAAGUUCACCAAUGGGGAUGUGCCGAGGAAAAAGACGCUAAGAGAAAUGUUGGCCGGCAUUCCCGGCUUCAGUAUGAAGCCAAGAAAGCGUACAAACAAAAAGUUGAGCCAUGCAGCCCAGAUAGCCCAGACAUUGGAGGGAUGUAUUGACCUGGAAACACCAGACUCUAUACUGGUCAACACUAACCUUAAGGGUCUUCUGAACAAGCACACAUUCUCCACGCUGCCAUCAUCGUACCAGUACAAGCUAAUCCAGCUGUUACCAGAGUGUGACCGCAUAGUGGGACGUGACACCGCCCUCCGACUCAGCAGCACUGCGCUCAACAACGAGUUCUUUGCCAAGGCUUGUACUGAGUGGAGGGAACGACUCUCUGAAGGGGAGUUUACUCCUGAGAGCCAACUGCGGUUGAAGCAGGAGGAGGAAAAGGAACAUGUUGACCUUGACCCCUGGAAGGCAAAACAUUUUGAGCCAGUUUGGGGAAAAAAGAGUGUACCAGAAGAGGUUCCUAAGGCUGACGACAUACACAGGGCCUCUACCAGGGAUUCCCCCACAGUUUCCAUGGCAACGCCAGUCCGUAUGACUCCAGUACGGAAAUCAACACUUGUCUCCACCAUGCUAAAACAGCGAUCCAUUUCACAGAACGUCAAGGGCCUUGUGAAUCCAGGGUCUGGUGUUGUCAGUCUACCGAGCAGUAGUGGACUGCUAGUUAAAGUGGAACAGACUUAUACUUCUCAGACUCCUGUGGCUUGUGUUAAUGCAAACAGCAAUAUUGUGUCAGCUCUUAAGAGACCUAUUGUGACACAGGCUUUGGACACCAGGCAAAUUGGGAGUCCUCCAAAAAAGCAGAAGAUUGUGUUAACUAAGCCUCAGGCACCAAUGCAAGCCCCGGCUAAGACUUUGGCUCAAUUACGAGCCCACACUCAAGUUCCUCGGAUGCAAAAAUCUCAAGUAGUUGCUGGUUUACCUGGUGUGACGGUGCCAGGAAUUGUGUCUCAGAGAAUUGGUUCUCCUCUUGGAGAUGAUGAUAUUAAACCAUUAAUGAUCAGUGUACCAAGCAGCGUUACUGGGUCUGGAAUAAAGUCCCCAACUCGAACUCUUGCUCAAAUCAAAUCACAAACCCAGGCAGCUAAAGCAAAGCAGGGUCAGACGAGAACACUUGCACAGAUUAAGGCUGAAACGCAAGCACAUCGGCAUCAAGCGGAAGCUCAAGCAAAGCUUCAUGCUCAUUUGUUAGCAAAAGCUAAGGGAGAAACAAGCAUUGCGCAUGUUGUGAAGCAAGCUCUGCCUAAUCUUGUGUUGCCUGUGAAACAAAAACAUGCCAAGUCCACAGAAGCUGAAAAGAAUGCAGAUGGUGUGAACUUGAAAAGAUCUCUGGAAAUUUGUGAACAGGCAAAAAUUCUGAGUCAGAAAAACACUCAGGUUUCAAGUGGUGUUUCACUGUUGCAAAAACCUACACAGCCCGUUAGUGUAAAGUCGUCUACUGAGACAAUAGACUUUGGUGGUUAUCUCAAAGCUAAUAUUGCCCAAGCUCAUAAAACAGUAUCCCAGAUUUUACAAGAUAAGACAUUAGCUGAGCAACAAAGAUUGCAAAAACAAGUAUUAGCAGCUGUAGCAAGAACGCAGAAACAGCAAAUGGCAGUUUCAGUAGCAAAGGUACCAACUCCGCAAUCUAGUGCUUCAGCCUCUGUGUAUGCAGGAGUAACAUCCCCAUUUGUCCUCUCUAAUUCUUCCAUUGUCUCUACCUCAUCAAAUGUGCCUAUUAUUACAACAUCAAAUCCAGCCAGUGCUAGUGUGAACACAAGCAAUGUACCGUUUGUUGUGCUGCCCCCUCCCCCAGUCACCCAGGCAACUGGUAUAUCACCAGCAGUAUUCAAUGUUCCAUCGACAAGAUAUAUUAUCAGCUCCACUGCAGCCGCUGCCCAGCAGAAUCUAUUACAGCAACUAAUACGAUCAGCAGCAGGGUCUGUACCACAGACAACAUUGUCCCAUCAGCGUGCUGCUAGUGCACCACCACAGCAAAAAACAGUUCAGCGUGUAGCUACACCAGUUAGUACAAUAGUUAGAUCAGCAAGUGUUGGAACUGGUGAUCAGUGUUUAGAAACCAUGGGUGAAACUCGGACAGUAAAAGUGGUGAAAAGGGUACAGAGUAGUUCUGGUGACAUCAUUGUGCAAAUCCCUUCAGACAAAUUGAAUUUUCUUACAAAAUCUGGGACUGCAGUUAUACCUGGAGCAAAUGGCUCUAAAUCUGACACACAUCAUUUGAUUCUCUCUUCAGCUUCUAAUGCAGCAAUAUCUUCUCCCGUCAUCAAUUCCAACUGUACCCAGACUGUGACAUAUAUCAAUAAAUCUGUCAAUCAAGUUGUGCACCAGUCUGCCCCUGUUGACAAAAUAAUAAUUUUCUCCCCUAGUAACUCUUCAGAAAAAGGAAGAAGCUCUUCAGAAGGAGGUAAAAUUGUGAGCGUAAAGCAAGAACAGAAAACAGACUGUAGUUGUGACUUGAAAGCAAUGAAAACUUGUUUGAAAUGUGGAGCCUUCUGCCAUGUUGACUGUAUGAGCAAUUCAAAACUAUGUGUCACUUGUGUAGAGGCUUCAUGAGAUUAUUUAUUUCUGUAAAAAGAGAUGUUAUUGAUAUUUUAUACACUAAAAACUAGACUUUGGUUUAGGUUAUGUUAACCUUAGUUUUUACCUAAAAUGUUCAAACUACCAUUUUAUUUAUUUAUUAAUUUAUAUUUGUUUCCAUAUAAAGAACUAAAAAUCAUGAUAAUCAAGUUAUAAGCUUCAUUUUGGAAACAUCGCUAUAGCAUAAAGAAGUUGUUCAUCAUGACAUAAUCAAAACCUGAUCACCAGCAAUACCAGAAUUUGAUACUGUUAUUUAUUGCCUGCCUUUGUAUCAUUAGUAACAUCACUGCAUACAUGUCCAUUAUAAUUAUUACAUAUUUUUCACUCAAAGUGUUCUCGAAGGUGUUUUAAAUGACUAGUGUAUCACUCAGUUGACUGUAGUGUACGACUUUGUUGACUGUAGUGUAUCACUCAGUUGACUGUAGUGUAUCACUCAGUUGACUGUAGUGUAUCACUCAGUUGACUGUAGUGUAUCACUCAGUUGACUGUAGUGUAUCACUCACUCAGUUGACUGUAGUGACUGUAGUGUAUCACUCAGUUGACUGUAGUGUAUCACUCAGUUGACUGUAGUGUAUGACUUUGUUGACUAUAGUGUAUCACUCACUCAGUUGACUGUAGUGACUGUAGUGUAUCACUCAGUUGACUGUAGAGUAUCACUCAGUCAGUUGACUGUAGUGUAUCACUCAGUUGACUGUAGUGUAUCACUCAGUCAGUUGACUGUAGUGUAUCACUCAGUCAGUUGACUGUAGUGUAUCACUCAGUCAGUUGACUGUAGUGUAUCACUCAGUUGACUGUAGUGUAUCACUCAGUCAGUUGACUGUAGUGUAUCACUCAGUCAGUUGACUAUAGUGUAUCACUCAGUCAGUUGACUGUAAUGUAUCACUCAGUCAGUUGACUAUAGUGUAUCACUCACUCAGUUGACUCUAGUGUAUCACUCAGUCAGUUGACUGUAGUGACUGUAAUGUAUCACUCAGUCAGUUGACUGUAGUGUUUCACUCAGUCAGUUGACUGUAGUGUAUCACUCAGUUGACUAGUGUAUCACUCAGUCAGUUGACUGUAGUGUAUCACUCAGUCAGUUGACUAUAGUGUAUCACUCACUCAGUUGACUCUAGUGUAUCACUCAGUCAGUUGACUGUAGUGACUGUAAUGUAUCACUCAGUCAGUUGACUGUAGUGUAUCACUCAGUCAGUUGACUGUAAUGUAUCACUCAGUCAGUUGACUGUAGUGUAUCACUCAGUCAGUUGACUCUAGUGUAUCACUCAGUCAGUUGACUGUAGUGACUGUAAUGUAUCACUCAGUCAGUUGACUCUAGUGUAUCACUCAGUCAGUUGACUGUAGUGACUGUAAUGUAUCACUCAGUCAGUUGACUGUAGUGUAUCACUCAGUCAGUUGACUGUAGUGACUGUGGUGUAUCACUCAGUCAACUGUAGUGUAGGGGACCUUGACAUGGAAGACCAUACUGCUUUGUAUGAGAAAUAUCCGAAUAUAUAUCUGUAUCAGAAAGAAAUGGAUGAAAUAAUUUAAAUUCAAUAAUAAAUCCACAAUAGAUUUUAAUUCUGAAUUAUUAAGAUUAUUGCAAUGUUCUUGUGUACAAAGUGGGGUCCCAAAGAGAGUUUUUUGUAUGCUUUUUCAUCUAGCUAAAAUGUUAAGAGACUUAUGCUGCAUGGUACGCUAUAUGCUCUGUUCAAAAUCUGAAUUUUGUUUGAACACGAUGUUUAUUUUCUAUUGAAGGCGUACAUUAUAUGUUGAUGCAACAAUAUUUUUUUUUAAUUCAUUAUUAUGUUUAAGUCAUUUGCUUUUAAUGAUAAAAACAAACAGAAUAUGAUUUGUGUACAGAUCAAAAAUAGUGAUACUUUGGAGCUGUAAAAUGUGGAGAUUGAAGCCAUGUAGCUAUUAAUUGAAAAGCACUAUAUAUAAAGGCUAGUAUUUUUUGGUCUGUACAUUUUAUGGUUUUUUGUGUGUUCUGGUCAUUAAAGUCAAAUCAGUUAAAGGUAAUAAUGCAUUAGUCUACAUUUAUUGUAUCAAUCUAUAUAGUGUGCCUUUAAAGGGAGUUAAUGAAAUAGAUAUAAUUAUGACAUAUUAUUCGACCAAUGAAAAUACAACAUGUAUGUAUGUAUGUAUGUAUGUAUGUACAUGAAUUUGAUGAAUUAAAUAUGAGGAUAACAUAUAAUUUUCUUUCCUUGACAAAACUCCACCUGAGAUUAUGUGUGUACAUUUUGGUAUCAAAAACAACUAAAACCAGUAAUUUAUUAUUUUACUAGUCGAGUGAUGAAGACUUUCUUACCAAAUUUAUAAUUUUCAUUUAAAGUUUAAAAAUCAUGAUUGAACACACAAUUUCUAGAAUAUUUGUUGUUUUCAACAUGUUCAUAGAUCGUUUAUGUUUGUUUAUGUUUGGAUCUUGCAUGUAUCUUCCUUUUCAUUAUUCAUUAAACAGGCAUCAUUAUACAUAAAACAGACAUCGCAGUUUAAAUUCAUUGUUGUUUAUGUUCUGUCUUAAAUAAAUUGUGGGUUUAUUUCCAAUAAAAAUCUGCAUGGU